AUGUAUAAAAGAAAGCUCGAUGAUAGCAAAGAAGGCCAUCCCAAAAGAUUAAAGUCACUAGACCGAGACAGUAUUACAGAUACCGAAGAUAUCGUCCCAAUUAAAGUUUUCUGCAGAAUUCGCCCUGUAUCCUCUCAACCUUCCGAUAUCUAUGAAAUCACCUCAUCUCAUUCACUCAAGAUCAACCCUCCAUCCCAUGCCUCAGAAACUGCAAUAGAGCAAUUUGAAUUUACUUCAAUCCUUGGGCCAUGCACCACUCAAGAGCAAGUUGCAGCUACAAUUUGUUAUCCUCUUAUCUUAAUUAUCUAGUCUUAUCUUUAAAAUUAUAUCUCUGCUUAAUGUCCAUUACUAGAUUGCACGCUCAUCUUUAUCUCGGUUUGCCCUUCCGACUAAGCCUCAGACCCUACUUCGCUUCGUUCGGCUGGAUUUUUGUUAGAUUCCGAUUUCGACAGGCUCUCCUUCCAGCUCUCAAGCUUGCAAACUUCCUCCUCUUGACAUACAAAAAGUCCUAAUCUCCAUGCCGAGGGUUUGUGACACACUUCCAGCUAAUUCCAUUUCCUAACGAUAGUUAUAUCGUAUUAAAAAUUUUGGGCUCUUGGUUCCCUGUCAUUACUGUUAGAAGCUAAACUCAUAAUAAAAAUAUGUCAAAUAAGUAUUUCCUGCCAAGAAGAAAGAAAAUUAGAACAACACCAUUUUUAAUUAUGCUGUCCUCUUAUCAAUGAUUUUGUCGAAAAAGGGAAAAGUGCGCUUUUAUUUUCUUAUGGAAUUACAAACGCAGGUAAAACUCAUACUAUUAUGGGGACAUACGAAAACCCUGGGAUUACUAUCAGAGCUUUAAAAGACUUAAUUGAUAGGAAUUUAACCUUUAAAGUGCAGUUUUUCGAAAUUUAUAAUGAUCGGGUUUAUGAUCUUUUGCAAGAAUAUUCGAAAAAAGAACAAAGACAGUCUUUGAAAGUUAGGCAGGACAGCUCUAAUGUGAAAAUUAUUGGAAUCAGUGAGAAACGCAUACAAACCUUUACAGAAGCUAUGGAUUGUCUAACUACCCCUUUUUAAAACUAAAACAAAAAUAUCUGUCCAAUUUAAAGGGUGGUUAUUUUUUUUUUAAAAAAAGUCUAUAUUUAAAUUUCCUAUAUAUAAAAUUUUUUUAAAAUUUAAAAAAAUAUAAAUUAGAAAUAAAUAAAAAAAUUAAUCGAUUAAGUAUGAGAACUAUUUAAAUAGCAUCCUACUUGCAUUUUGUCUAUUAAAUAGGUCAAAACUAAUUUUAUAAAAAUUAGUACUUAAAUUAAUAAGAAAAGCAGCGAAUUUUGUUUCAAGUUAAAGGGGGUUAAAGCACCCAAAGCAUGCAUAUUUUACCGAUUUUUUGUUCCAAUUUAAAAGGGGGAGUAAGAUUAGGGCUAAAUAAUAGGAAAUUAGCGGAAACUGCGUGCAACCAAGUUUCUUCAAGAAGCCACUCAGUUUUUUUGAUAAUGCUUGAAGGAGAAAAUGCUCCCAAAUUUGCAAUUGUAGAUUUAGCUGGGGCAGAACGCACCUUAAGAGCUAAUACAGUUGGAGAGAGAUUAAAAGAGGCUAGCUACAUUAAUAACUCUUUAAGUGUACUAGGCCGGUGCUUGGAAGCUAUCAAAAACAAUCAGUCAAAAGGGAAAAAAGACAUGAUCCCUUUUAGAGACACUUUACUAACCAAAAUAUUUUCAGAAUUCUUUGGAAUGGGUGAAGAUAAAAAUAUUUCAUUAAUUAUCAAUAUUAAUCAAUGCAAAGAAGAUUUUGAAGAAACCCUUACUCAUCCUAUUAAAUAAAAUAUUUUUGAUAUUAAAAUUGAUUUUUAUUAUUAAUACCAUCAAAAUAUUUCUUUUUUUUUAUAAAAGGUUAGCGUUUUGAAAUUUGGAGCUAUAACAACUGGAAUUAAGCCAAUGAAAUCAAAACUUGGACAGCACCGAAAUGUUCCAGGACAAGAAAUCGCAAGGCUGCAAGAACUAGAAGAACUUCUACGAGCCAAAGAAGAAGAGAUUGAAGAGCUUAAAAGACAAGAAAUGCUGAAAACACAAGAGCAGCUCCAAAAUGUUAAACAACGAGAGCUUGAGCUUGAGUCUGAGCUUAGAUCCAAAAUCGCGCAAGAAGUUGAAUCUAUGCUUGCAAAACAAUCAGAUCUCUAUAAAACUUCAAGAGACAUGCUUAUAAAGAACUAUGAUGAAAUCAUGAAAACAAAGGACGAAAUGUGAGCCUCCAAACUUUCGAAAUUAAAGAAAAAUAUCAAUUGUAUUGAUACAUGCACAUCCCCUUUAAGAGAAACCAUAGUAGAAGUCACAAUUCCAAAAAUUUACCUAAACCCAUUUGUUACAGAAGAAAUUUCAAUACAAACUGAAGAUGCUCCACAGCCAAUUGAAGAAAAGUUUGGACUUAUCAAAGAAAUAAAAGAAAAUACCCAAAAAAUUAAAGAAGAGGACACAGAGAAUAAAGAAAACCAGCAAGCUCCAAAGCCUCUCAAAUCCAAACCUAAGCACAAAACCAAUCUUUCCAGUCCAAUUGCUAGGAGAACCAGAAAAGGCCUUCGAAAAAACGCCCAUUAA